GUUCUCUGCCAGGAGCUAAUAUGGUUCCAGUAGUUACACUAUCGUCUCUCUUCGCCAAAUCCGGGACCUGACUACCUAACUCAAGGUGUCGAGCAGAAGUUAAAUAACCUUCGACUCUCCGAUGACUGCGACUACAUGAUCACUGCAGCAGGGCGACCACCUCUCGGAGUUAGUUCGUAACCAGGGAAGCACCACUUCCGUGACGUCAUCACGGCGACACGUGGAUCCAAGAUGGCGGCGGCGAUGAUUUCCUUUUCUAGGCGUUUAAUGGAAAUGAAAUCAUACAAGGUUUGGCUGCCAUGGUCUCUGCUACUUCUUUCUCUCAUGUAUCAAACAAGCGCCUUCUAUGUCCCAGGGGUUGCGCCAAUCAACUUCCACCAGAACGACCCUGUAGAAAUCAAGGCUGUGAAGCUCACCAGCUCUCGAACCCAGCUACCUUAUGAGUACUACUCAUUGCCCUUCUGCCAGCCCAGCAAAAUAACCUACAAAGCAGAGAAUCUGGGAGAGGUGCUGAGAGGGGACCGGAUUGUCAACACCCCUUUCCAGGUUCUCAUGAACAGUGAGAAGAAGUGUGAAGUUCUAUGCAGCCAGUCCAGCAAGCCAGUAACCCUGACAGUGGAACAGAGCAGGCUCGUGGCUGAGCGCAUCACAGAAGACUACUAUGUUCACCUCAUUGCUGACAACCUGCCAGUGGCCACCCGGCUGGAGCUGUACUCCAGCCGUGACAGUGAUGACAAGAAGAAAGAAAAAGAUGUGCAGUUUGAACAUGGCUACCGGCUCGGCUUCACAGACGUCAACAAGAUCUACCUGCACAAUCACCUUUCGUUCAUCCUUUACUACCACCGGGAAGAUAUGGAAGAGGACCAGGAACAUACAUACCGUGUCGUCCGCUUCGAGGUGAUUCCCCAGAGCAUCAGGCUGGAGGACCUCAAAACAGAUGAGAAGAGUUCAUGUACUCUGCCUGAGGGUACCAACUCCUCACCCCAAGAGAUUGACCCUACCAAGGAGAAUCAGCUGUACUUCACCUACUCUGUUCACUGGGAGGAAAGUGACAUCAAAUGGGCCUCUCGCUGGGACACUUACCUGACCAUGAGUGAUGUGCAGAUCCACUGGUUUUCUAUCAUUAACUCUGUCGUGGUGGUCUUCUUCCUAUCAGGCAUCCUGAGCAUGAUUAUCAUUCGGACCCUCCGGAAGGACAUCGCCAACUAUAACAAGGAAGAUGACAUUGAAGACACUAUGGAAGAAUCUGGGUGGAAGCUGGUACACGGUGAUGUCUUCAGGCCACCCCAAUACCCCAUGAUCCUCAGCUCCCUGCUGGGGUCAGGCAUUCAGCUCUUCUGUAUGAUCCUGAUCGUCAUCUUUGUGGCCAUGCUUGGGAUGCUGUCGCCUUCCAGCCGGGGAGCUCUCAUGACCACAGCCUGCUUUCUCUUCAUGUUCAUGGGGGUGUUUGGUGGAUUUUCUGCUGGCCGUUUGUACCGCACUCUAAAAGGUCAUCGGUGGAAGAAAGGAGCCUUCUGUACGGCAACACUAUACCCUGGUGUGGUUUUUGGCAUCUGCUUCAUACUGAAUUGCUUUAUCUGGGGAAAGCACUCGUCAGGAGCGGUACCUUUUCCUACCAUGGUUGCUCUGCUCUGCAUGUGGUUUGGGAUCUCCCUGCCUCUUGUCUACUUGGGGUACUACUUCGGCUUCCGCAAGCAGCCAUAUGACAACCCUGUACGUACCAACCAGAUUCCCCGGCAGAUUCCUGAACAGCGGUGGUACAUGAAUCGAUUUGUGGGAAUUCUCAUGGCUGGGAUCCUCCCCUUCGGUGCCAUGUUCAUCGAGCUGUUCUUCAUCUUCAGUGCCAUCUGGGAGAAUCAAUUCUAUUACCUCUUUGGCUUCCUAUUCCUUGUUUUCAUCAUCCUGGUGGUAUCCUGUUCACAAAUCAGCAUCGUCAUGGUGUACUUCCAGCUGUGUGCAGAGGAUUACCGCUGGUGGUGGAGGAAUUUUCUAGUCUCCGGGGGAUCUGCAUUCUACGUCCUGGUCUACGCCAUCUUUUAUUUUGUUAACAAGCUGGACAUCGUCGAAUUCAUCCCUUCUCUCCUCUACUUUGGCUACACAGCCCUCAUGGUCCUAUCCUUCUGGCUGCUCACGGGUACGAUUGGCUUCUAUGCAGCCUACAUGUUUGUCCGCAAGAUCUAUGCUGCCGUGAAGAUAGACUGAUUGGGGUGGACCACAGCCAGGCCCACUCCAUCCUCCGACAGGAAGCCACCCUUUAUAGGGAACUGCAGGCACGCAAAAUAAAAUAACUCCUGCUCAUUUGGAAUAUAACUCCUGGCACAGUGUUCCUGGAUCCUGGGACUGCGUGGGGGGCGGGAGGGCCUGUAGAUAAAUCUUGCAUUUUUCUUCAUCUUAUUCCAGUUUUGUGGGGGCUGAGUUUUUUGUGGGUUUUUUUCUUCAUUGCUAAAAAAGUUCCCUUUAGCAGGAACUCUGACCUGUUUGUUCAGGUUUAUUUUGGUUUGGGUUUUUUUUCCUUAGUUUUUUUUAACAAAUGGAUCCAAGACGGAUAACUCCACCAAGAUACUGGGUUUAGUCACUGUCUCCACCUCAGUUCCUCAGGGCUAUUGGCCACCCCACAACUAACCAGAAGAAGAGAUGCUAGGGCCCCUGUGACAGUUCUGAGCCUCACCACCUGUGCUCAUCACCAUGGAUGCUGCGACACUAACAUUCUAGCCCGGACAGCCCCCUCAAUGCCAAGCAGCCUCUUCCCCCGAUCCACUUCUCUCUUGCCCAGCCUCCUCCCAGGCUACCAAGGCAGAGCUUCCAGCCAGGCCUCUGAGCCACCUUUUCACCAGGAGCAAGCCCAAGACUUAAUGGCUACAAGGAAAGCCCCUGGAAGCACUGGGGCAGGUACUGUAGGACAUCAGGAACCCCCACCCCCACCCCCGCAUCAAGCAGCCAGAGUCUGCUGACCAACAAGGAGGAAGAGGAGAGACUUGCAGUGAACUGUUCUUGUGCCAAGAAACCCUGGACCUGGAGUCAAGUAUUUGCAGAGCCAAGCAUCCACCUGUCUGUGUCUGGGAAGGGAUGGCUAAGACCACUAAGGUCCUCUCCCCUUGGGACUGCUCCCCAGUUCUUUCUUCAGGGGCUGCCAAUCUUUCCCAAGUGCAGAUGGUGGACCUUCUCCACUUUCAGGGCAGAAUAAGGAGGCCCGGAGAUCUAACGUGCCCUUCUUCAGGUGGCAGGCAGAGCCAUUCUAUCUCUGAUGUCCCCUGGCCUCACUAUUUUUGCUCACUUCUUUUAGCCAGAUUCAAUGCCCCCCAUCUCCCACCUGAGUUAUUUUGGGACACACAGAGAACUGCUGAGAGAAGGAAGUUUUAUCAUUCCUUCCCUAUUUCCCAGGACAAGGCAAGAAGCCCAAUGUUGCCAAGCUGGAAGGAAGAGACUCGUGGCUGCCUGACUCCUCUAGAAAGCCCCACUCUUCCCAGCCCCAGGCCACCUGUACAAGUCAUAGACAUUGGCUCUCAUGUCCACCUGGGAUUAGGAUUUAAAUAAUGGCCUCUUGUCCUUGCUCUGGUCCCUUUGAGACUCCAUGAGACAAAGCUCAGGAUGCUGGUUAUUCUAGGAAUACCCCCCCACACACACACACACACACCACUGCCCCAGUCUCCAGGGCCCUUGCCAGCUCUAUCAGUCAAAUUGGUGAGUUUCUGAAUCUUGCCUCAUAGUGACUCCUCAGUGCCAAGCAGCAUCUACCAAGAAUCAGGUUGGAGAAGAGGGAACCCAAGCAGUAGAAAAUGGUAUCGGAAUCUUUUGUUCAUUCAAAUCUUGAAAUUUUUUCCCCCUAAAAGAUUUUCUUUUGAGGGGAAGUGGGGAAAUGGACUCCACAAAGGGUUCAAACAUUGUCAAUUUUUCUGACUUUAAAUCAUCGUCAUUAUUUUUAAUUUUAAAAAAUGCCUGUAUGCCUUUUUUUGGUCCAACUGUAAAUAAAAAUGCCAUUCUCCUCA